CCUCCACCAUCCCCUGACACUACAAGGACUUGCAAAGUACUAUUACAACCAAGAACAACAUAUCUGUUUUCUUGAUUUCAUCAGAUAAUGAUGCAGCCUACGCCUGCACCGACAUCGCCUUCAGGCUCACCAGGACCGAUUCACGAUGAAGAAACUAUAGCCUAUCCACUUCCUCCGCAAAACAAUGGCAGUGCUCCCUUUUCAGUACUAGCUGGGUUAUUUGAGAAGUUAUCAACAGAAAGAAAGCACGAACGGAGACGGCGACUUUUGGAUGUCUGGUUCAACCAUUGGAGAGAAGAAAUCGGGCAUGAUCUUUAUCCCGUUCUCCGCCUGAUCCUCCCGCAGAAAGAUCGUGAGCGUGCUGUGUAUGGCCUGAAGGAGAAGAAUCUCGCCAAGACCUACAUCAAACUGAUCCCACUCGGCAUAAGAGAUCCAGAUGCGAUCCGCUUGCACCACUGGAAGAAGCCUACCGAAAAAGAUAAAAGCUCUGGUGACUUCCCCACAGUUUUGUACGAGGUCGUGGGCAAGCGAUCCUCCGUCGUCGAGGGAAGCCUGACAAUCUACGAUUUGAAUGAAAUUCUGGAUGACUUGUCCAAGAACAUCGGCAAGCAUGACAUUCAGUCCAGAAUCCUGCAGCGUAUUUACAAUCGUGCUACUGCUGAGGAACAGCGGUGGAUUGUACGUAUAAUUUUGAAAGACAUGGUUAUUUCUGUGAAGGAAACCACCGUCUUUGGCGUGUUCCAUCCGGAUGCGCAAGAUCUGUUCAACAUCUGUUCGGACCUCAAGAAGGUUGCGUGGGAGCUAUGGGAUCCUUCAAGGAGGUUGAAUGCCGAGGAUAAAUCCAUCCAAUUGUUCCGUGCAUUUGCGCCGAUGCUGUGCAAAAGACCGGCCCAUAAGAUUGAGGACUCGGUGAAGGAAAUGCAAGGACAUAAAUUUAUUAUCGAAGAGAAACUUGAUGGCGAGCGCAUGCAGCUGCACAAGCGCGGAAAUGAAUACUUCUACUGUUCGAGGAAAGGAAAAGAUUAUACUUACUUGUACGGACAGCAUGUCGGGCAGGGCAGUUUAACUCCUUUUAUCGACUCUGCGUUCGAUGAGCGGAUCGACGAUAUCAUUCUCGAUGGAGAAAUGCUAGUCUGGGACCCUGUUUCUGAACGUAACUUGCCAUUUGGUACCUUGAAGACAGCUGCACUUGAUAAAUCAAAGAAGGAGCACAAUCCUAGACCAUGCUUUAAGGUUUUUGACCUCCUCUAUCUCAAUGGCAUGUCCCUCCACCAGAAGUCACUCAAGUUCCGCAAACGCAACUUGCGCGCAUGCAUCAAAGAGGUUCCGGGCCGCAUUGAAUUCACCGCGGAGUUCGAAGGCAAGACCGCCAAAGAUGUUCGGCAGAAGAUGGACGAAGUGAUGGCGUCAAGAGGGGAAGGCCUUGUGAUCAAACACCCCGACUCCGAGUACAUCUUAAACGGCAGAAACAAGGAUUGGAUCAAGGUUAAGCCAGAAUAUAUGGACAAUAUGGGCGAGACCGUGGACGUGUUAGUAGUCGCUGGCAAUUACGGCACUAGAAAACGUUCAGGAGGUGUCUCGACACUCAUCUGCGCAGUCCUCGACGAUCGGCGCCCGGAGGGUGACGAAGAACCGAAGUACAGCACCUUUGUCCGAGUGGGCACAGGUUUGUCAUUUGCAGACUACAUCUGGCUCAGACAAAAGCCUUGGAAAGUAUGGGAUCCAAAACAUCCCCCAGAAUUUCUACAAACUGCAAAAAAGGCAUACGAAGACAAAGGCGAUUUGUAUCUGGAACCAGAGGAUUCGUUCAUACUGAAGGUUAAGGCAGCUGAGAUCACGACUUCAGACCAAUAUCAUUUGGGCGUUACUAUGAGGUUUCCUCGAGCUUUGUCAAUUCGCGACGACCUGUACAUUGCAGACUGCAUGACCGCAUCAGCUGUUCUGGAGAGUAUGCGCUCCGAGCGUAAAAGAAAGAUGGAAAGUGAUGCCGGCAUGUCCAAGAAGAAGCGAAAGACAACGGCAAAGAAGGCUACUGUCCUACCACAAUACCAAGGACCUAAUCUACGUGCAGUCGAGAUUGAGUCAGAUCUAUUUGAGGAUAUGAAAUUCAUGGUGUCGUCAGACCCAAAAUCAAGAACAGGCAAUCAAGACCGUCAGGAACUGAUGAAAUUGAUCCAUGCCAAUGGGGGUAGCUGCGUGCAAGUCGUUACAUCCAAACAGCCUGUUACAGUCAUUUAUGGAGGGACGGCUACGCCUUACGACAUCAAGCUGUUGAUUGACAAGGACAGUGUUGACAUCAUCAGGCCUCAGUGGGUCACGGAUUGUAUACACCGGGGAGAGCUAGUUCCUCUUAGAAAGAAGUACUUCUUCCACGCCACUUUAGCACGUCAAGAAUCCGACGAUUAUCAUCAGCUGGACACUGACGAGGACCAAGAAAUGACUGAUGGAACUGUAGAGGAAGACGCCAGCCUGAACAUAUCAAUCACCCCAGAGGGCUUUAAGCCGAAACUUGAAGAAACUGAGGACACUGAUCCUGAACUUGCGGACUGGUUUCAAGUCGACACCAAGCCUGGCGUUUCAGAAGAUAGUGAAACGGAGGAUGAAUCUGAUGCGGAUUCAAACAACGAUGAUGUCAAAGGGGAAGAUGAUGAUGAGUGGUUCCAAGUGCCCCACAGUCCCGCUGUUAAGCCCCUUGAUGAAAACUCGAACACCACAUUUCAUUCACAGUCACAGGACAUGGCAAUGGGGGAAGACGACCAAGCGAGGGAAUACGAUGCAACAGCAAUAUUCAGGCAUCUUUGCUUUUACCUUGACACGCCAGGCAAUGCGCGGAGAAACGGCAUGCCGGUGAAAACCAAGUAUGAACAGGAGAUCUCCACUAUCUUCGACCAGGUUUCAAGAAGCAUCCAGGAGAAUGGCGGAAAGAUAGUAGCACUCGACGAUCCAAAACUCACGCAUGUUGUCUUGGACAAGCGAGACGACUCACGACGAUUGACGCUCAUACAGCGUACCUCGAGACAUAAACGACGCCGAUUGGUGAUAUCCGAUUACGUGACAGCUUGUUUAGAAGAAGAAUCGUUACUUGAUGAGGAAGAUUUUGCUCCAUAGUACUUAUCACUCCUUCAUUGCUUCCUUGAUUGUACAAUUCUUAUUCAAUGUGUGUUUCCUCAAAAAUCUUAUUGGGGUUGCCUUUUUACAUCCUA